AUGGAGACAGGACUUGGGCUGAAGUCAUUUGUGUUUUCUCUUUCGAACAUAAUACUUGUUGCCAAAGUAGGGUUGGUUAUAUUAGGAACAGUCUAUCCUUGCUUGUAUGGAUUGGUUGCUCUAAUAUCCUUGGUGGUUAUACAGAGAAAAACGAUCCACAAGGCUCUUGGGAUAUUGCUGAUUAUAAUAUACCUAAAGCUGUUGCUUGGAUCUUCUUUUGAGUUCGAUGCACCUUCAAAGAUAUGCAACUCCACUUUUUCUGAUGAAGUUGAUGAUCAAGAGGCAGAUGAAUUCAGCUCAUCAAGUGAGCACUUCAUUGAUGAUAAGAUAUUUCCUAGCGAAGUGAAGAAGAACGAGAACAUUAUUGGCCAUCGCCUUGAAGAAUCUAACUUAUCCCAUCUUCAGAAUAGAGAUGAUGCACGUUGUCGUUUCUGCUCAAGAGUUUUAUCUUAG